AGUUGUCUAUGAUAUUUGAUGUUCUAUGGUAAAUAUCUUUGAGGUUAACGUUUUCAAAUUAAAAACUUGAUCUAAUCAGUUUUUAUGAUAACAAAAAUUAUAUUACAAAAUGAGUAUUCUAAUAUAUAUGUUGAAGAACGUAAUCAAAUCAUCUUAUACAGAAAAUAUAUUUAGAACUUUAGCAUCAGAUACUACUAAUAAACCGAUAAGUCCUAGACUAAAAGAAUUUAGGGAAAAACUAAAGCAGACACCACCAAGUGCGCCAUCAUCAUUGCCGACAGAUGUACAUCCUGAUCAAGAUAAAAAUCCUUUUCCUUCGUUUCCCAAUAAUACUAAUCCAGAUACUGGAGAAGUAAAUGGACCAAAAGGCCCAGAACCAACAAGGUAUGGAGACUGGGAGCGUAAAGGAAGAGUAAGCGAUUUUUAAUCUUAAAUGUGCAUAUUACAGAAAAAUAGUAAAAAUUGUGAAAAUAUUAGGAUGUUUACGAAUAAUCCAAUUUUCUAUGUGCCUAUUUGCUAAGUGAAGAAGAUAUUGAAACUAAA